AUGAUCAACCGCCUCAAUCGGAACGUCAUGAAGUCUUUCAUUAAGCAGGCUGCCUUCGCAGCUUGCCUGCCAUGGUUGGUUGUUUCCGAAUACCACGACGCCUUCGUUGUUGAGUUUGAUGCAUCCGUACAAUGGAGCCCAGAGGCUCUCAACAACCAGACACAAGGGUCUUUGACAGCUUCCGGCUGGGACUGCACAGUAUCUUCGCGGUACUAUUUCACCCACGCCGUAUUCCAAGGAGGAUCCUUCAGUGUAGACUGCACCAACGAUGGAGUUUCUCGAACAUCGUUACUGUACACGUUACAGUCAAUCCAAGGCAUUCUGAACGCUUGGCCACUCACCCCUGCCCCACUACCCGUUCAAAUGCCCAGUAUUCCUGGCAGUUCUGAAGGUGGUUUGGAACUCCCCAGCCAUGGAUCGAACAAGCGCGACCUAUCCAAGGACUCAACUCUCGACGCAAGAGACCAAGCCGGGGCUGACACCUUGUCGUGGCAUGUUGAUACCGGUGUGUCGAAGCUUCAUGCUAGCAACAUCACGGGCACAGGUAUCCGUGUGGCUGUUAUUGACGACGGUUUCGAUAUUGACGUCCCUGGUCUCAGCAAAACCAAUAUUGCGUACACCCACGACUUGGUAGACGGCGACAAUGAUGUUCGUGAUAACUGUUCCUUCGACGGCACGGCCAACUUCGGUAUUAUCGGAGCCAAGGGUGACGAGGGCAAAUUUGGUGUCGUUGGUGUAGCUCCAGACGCAACAUAUGAGCUCUAUCGCAUUAAGAGUUGCGAUAAAGAUACCUCAGAAACUGACACGCUUAUCAACGCGUUCCUCGAGGCUGCCAAAAGAGGUGUGGACGUGAUCACCUGCUCGUUCGGAAAUUAUGCUGCUUUCCCUGAUGACCCCUGGUCCUCCCUGGCUACGCGACUAUUCAAUAGCGGUAUCUACGUUUCCCUUCCAGCUGGAAAUGGUGGCCCUGGCAUCUUCACCACCGCUAGUCCAGGAGAUGGUGAUACUCUCGCCGGCGUCGGCACUGCGGACCCCUCGCAAACUCCCUAUUACACUUGGGGGGGCAAGUGGACUGCCGGUGAUGAAGGAGGCUCGCUUCGUUUCGUCCCUGACCUGCCUUUUGACUUCCCAUCGAAAGAGGGACUAACGAUCUGGACAUCAAACACUCCCAAUACCAAAGACUGCCAGCUGCUCCCAGACAAGUCUACCUUGCCGACAGAUUUGUCCAAGGUUAUUUUCCUCUCCCAGUUUGACCAAUGUUGGAAGGCGGCCGAUAAUUCCUCUGUGUCUCUUACCAAAGAGUUUGGCAUCCCUUAUGUCAUGUACUACAGCCCGAGCGAUUACAUUCUUUCCGAUGGACCGUUCUUUGAGGCGACCUCUUCAAGCACAGACCCAAACCUGAAGGGGUCCGUAUCAACCGAUUACGCAACAGCAAAUCGGUUACUGGAGGCGAAGGCGAAGCACGGCUCGGUUGAAGUCUUGAUUGCCAACGAGGUCUCUGCCGCAGACGUGGAAGUCACUUACACGGCCAAUAACCGCUCUGGCCUUCUUAGCUCGGCGUAUACUAGCUGGGGCCCGACUCUUGUAGGGGGACCCUGCCCCGCAUUCCUUGCUCCCGGAGGCAGUAUCUUGAGUACCUUCCCUGGAAAGAUUGGAGGCUAUGGGGUACUCGGCGGUUCCGGCGAAGCUACGCCGUUCGUAGCCGGCAUUGCUGCGCUCGUAAAACAGCAGCAUCCCGACUACACACCUGCAGAGAUACGGAACGUGAUCGCAACAACAAGCCGCCCAGUCAAGUGGAACGAUGGAAAGGGAAAAACAGAGGAUUUCCUGGCGCCGGUCUUUCAACAAGGAGCUGGCCUUGUCGACGCUUGGGGAGCUGUUCAUUCAACCACAAUUCUCAGCACCUCUUCCCUUUCCUUUAACGACACAACUAACCGCCCCAAAGAGUUGACCUUCACUAUCAAAAACACUGGAUCGGAUACCAUCAGUUAUCAAUUGAGUCAUAUCGGAGCCAGCUCUGGCUAUUUCCUCGAGAAGGCAGACAGCUACCAACUCACUAAAGCGGAAGUCUACCCAGUAUACGCCGAGGUCGGCAUUUCCCCUUCAACUGUUUCAAUUGGUCCUGGAAAAACCGCCUCCAUUUCCGUCUCCAUCUUGAAGGAUCCCGCCUUGUCCGAAGCUGCCACCCGUGUCUCCUACUUUGGCGGCUUCAUCAACAUUGAAGCCAAGGGCGCAACCGACGUCAACAAACUCUCGCUACCUUAUACAGGCUUCGGAGCACCCCUUACUACCUUGCACAGUAUCAACCGCGAUAAAUCGUACCUUUCAACCUUCAAUGUGGCCACUAGCGCGGUGUCGCCUGCCGAAGGAGGCCGCAUCUAUACCUGCACACUGAACAGCACCGCAGAUGUUCCAGCUUCUUUCCCAGGCAACGAAUAUCCCGCUGUUGAGAUCUACCUUUUCAUGCAGUCGCACGAUAUGAGGAUCUACAUUGUGGAUGCGAAGUCUGGAAAGGAGUUAUUUCAACCGUACCAGAGUUCGCCGGAGGAUCCUUGGAAUACGCAUACGUGGUAUUGGGAUGGUUCCGAUGGUAACAAGUUCUUCGUCCCUGCCGGCACUUACAAAUGGCGCGUCAAGACUCUCAAGCUACUCGGAGAUCCGGCGAAGGAGGAGGACUUCGACAUUUGGGAGGCCGGUACAUGGGUGCUGAAAUAUACCGCUGACAGCAUUUUCCCUUCGAAUACAACGGUUUCCAGGAGGUGA